UCUAUAAAAAUUGAUUGUUAUACAGCUUAUAGUUUAUACAUCAAAAUGAUAAUUUUUAUUUUAGUUAUACUCAUUGCAUAUUCAAACCUUACAGUUGCGGUAAAUCAUACAUAUAUGCAUUGCAAUUUUUCUAAGUAUAUGUUUAAUUAUUUCAAAUACAGUGAGCAAUAUCUAUUUAGCUUUGAUAAUACGAUUUCUGAAACUCAACUAUCUACCUAUGGAAUGGCAAUCAAAACCCACGAUGAAAUCAUAAUGAUCAUGUUAGAAACAUUACGAGAAAUGAAUAAUACGAAUUGUGCAAGAGAUUUGACAACGGUUAAUUUAUAUUUGAACAAUGUAUCGGGAUCCUUAAAUAUGAUCGCUAAAAACGAAAAUGGUGAAUUUAGUAGAUCUGAAAUUUCUAAAAAUUUACUCAAAGGAUAUAAAAUAAUUCACCAAUCAAUUGUACAGCGAUUAGAGUAUUUUAUCAAAGAUAAAUGUUCCAAUGUAUCCUUUGAAAAUGAUUUUAUACUGUACACUAAUUUUAAAAAACCAAUUGAAUAUAGCUCGGAAAACUUACAUUGUGUAUUGGAACAGCUAAGAAAAAAAAUCAUUAACAACAUAAAAGAAUAUUUAACUUUAAAAAGUAUGUUUGCAAUACAUAACAAUCCAAUGUUAAAAAAUUAUAAUGUCAUUAUGAAACAUUUAGCGUUAGCAUAUGAAAGUAAACAAUACAAUCGUUUUCAUCCAAAAUAUUUUUUGUUUUAUGACUUAAUGGAGAAACGUCCUCAUAUUUUUGAACUAGAUCUCGCGUCAGGCUCCCAAGCAAAACAAAGAGUCACCUAUAAUGACAAUGGCCAACUGAGCGACGUUUUAGACGAGCUGCGAUUUACACCAAUUUUAAAAAAAAGUGAAAACAAUUAUCGAAUAAGGUUAUCAGAUAUAUUUCGAUUUAUCAAAUACGAUUUCAACUUGGACAAUAUAAUAGUAUUUCACUUAUUAAUAAAUACAGCGACAGCUCGACCUAUUUUUACGACCUUACGUAAUUAUAUUUUGUUUAUCAGACUGUUUAUAAAUUGUCAGAAUUUAAUAAUGCAAUAUAAUUUUUUUUAUGAUAUCUAUAAAAUGGGUGAGGAUAUCGUUAAUAUUAUGAAUGAAUUAUUGAGUUUAAAUUUGUUUAAACAUCAAUUUACAAAAAAAAUAAGAAAUUUUACUACUAGAACGAGAACACUUAUUAUGCAUUUAAAAUCACGCAAUGAUAUAUUUAUAAAUGAAGAAGUACCAAAAAUGUCAAACUAUAUUUUCACAUUUAUAAAAAUGCAUUUUUUAUGUUCCUAUUUCACUCUGUUAGAUGAUAUUACUUUCCAACAAGAUAAUAUCAUUGCAAUUUACAAUUUAAUAGCUGAAAAAAUAAAUUCACUUACUAUAUACUUAACAAGAUUAAGAGAAUAUCAAUAUUGCUUUGAAGUUGCAAAUAGUCAUAUACAUUUUGAAUAUAUCAACCCACUCACUUUUCGAUAUUUUAUAAAAUAUAAUGUUCCGUAUGAACAAUUGGGAAAUUUUGAAGACAUAUAUCGUCCAUUGUAUUUCCCAAAUAAUAUCACAAAUGAUAAUAAAAUACACGACAAUCAAAUUUGGGAUGGUGAAAAUUACAAUAAUGAGAAAAACAGCGAUGAUAAUGAGAUUAUGGAAAAAAAAAAUCAGACCUAUUAUUCUCCUAAAUAUUUAGAAGAUUAUUUACUUUACGCGUAACUUAUAAAAGAUCUAGGCUACACUCAGAAAAAUUAUGUGAUUCAUUUGAUUAAAUAAAUAAAACAUUUUUUUUAAUAA